AUGGCUAUAGAUGAACACAUUCAAGAGCCCGCCGCGGUGGCCGGCUUUAUCGAUAAUGCAUUUCUUACAUACUUCAUCCCCGAGGCGACAAACCUGGACCUCGAAGAAGCGUUCAAGGGUGUCGACGACACCAAAGCCCUCUUCGACUCCAUCAAACGGAGGGAUACACUCUACUUUGACGAGACCGUUGAUGUGCUUCUAGUCUUGAGGGCGCCCCUCGUGGAUGAAAAGACGCUGCGCUCUCACUUCAGCCGGUUGGUGAUUCAGUUAGAGACUCAAGUCGUCAACAGCCACGCCUCAGACCGCGAGAAGCCAUCGGCCGACGUCGUCUUUCAGGGUUCUGUCGAGGAUACGUCCGAUCCCUUCAUCGUCGUGGACGAGCCCGACGUCGAUGACGAUGACUCGUCCUCCUCCGGCGGCAAGGCCGAGAGCGCCGUCAAGUCCGCUCCCGACCGCCAGAGAGAACCCCACAUUUAUGCUGUGUGGAAGCUCCCUGUCUUCCUCGCCCGGCCACGCAUCCGUCUCCAGGGCCCCUUUGCCAUCUUCACGGCCUCCGCCGGCCUCAGACCGGCCUCUGCCGCGACCUCGGGGUCGGGCACUCCUCUAUCCCCCAACUUUCGCAACGGCGGCGGCGGCGGCGCGGGAUACCUCCAAUCCGGCAUCCCUUCGGGCCUGAACCUCCUCGAGCCAUUCACCAACGAUCCGGGGCUCGGUGGCGUCGCCCCGCGCCUCUCGGCCCUCCGCGUCUCUCGUGUCGCCCCCAUGACCCAACCAAAGGACACCACCCGGCCUCUCCGCGCGCUCUCCCAGGUCCGCACCCGCAUCUUCCCCGCCGUACACACCCGCGUCCGCUUCUCUCGCCCAAACACCAUGCCCACGAACCCGGCCCUCGUCGCCCUGCUCGAGGUCGACUUCACCCCCUACUUCGACUGUCCCGUCGACCUGACCAGCAUCACCCUCUCCGUCGCCGAUGGCGGCGUCGUCGACGACCUCAACGGGCCGGCCGGUCUCUCCCUUCCCAUGACCUGCGUCCCCCACGACCACGUCACGUUCCUCUACCGCCUCUCCCCCCAGCAACUCGACCUCCCCUCCAAGAAUCCCAGCCGUGACCUCGACAUCCACAUCGAGGCCGUCAUCCGCAAGAAUCCGGGCCUCUGCACCCCACGCCUCAGCAUGACCUGGACCACGACCCUCGACUUCACCCUCCCCGUGAACCCGGGUUUCAAUGCCGCCAUGCAGCCGAUGCAGCCAAUCCAACGCUCCCACCGUCCCUCGCAGCUCUCCAUCAGCGGCAUGGAAGCCGCCCAGUCGCUCGUCGCGCCCGCCGUCUCGCGCCCAGACUCUCUACCCGCCCUCGAGGCCGCCACCCGCACCGUUGAAGCUCCGCUGCCAGAGCUCGGCAUCACCAUGACUUUUUGCGGUCCCACGGAGCCCAUCUACGCCGGCGAGGUGUUUUCCUGGACCGUCUACGUCGUCAACCGCAGUACGGAAAGGGCCAAUAACCCGGCCGUCCCGGCGCGCAAACUUGCCCUCGUGGCGCUCUCGAAGCGCAGGCGCAACGAGGUCCGUCUUAUGCGCCCGCCCUCCACCAGCGGCAAGGUCAAGACGGCUGCCGACUCUAAGGAGCUCGCCGACGCCGUACUGGAUGAGAACGUCCUGCACGCCAUGCAGCGCAACUCGGCCGUUGACUCGACCGAGGUCGUCUGUCUGACGGCCGACACGAGGGUUGGGCCGCUCGCGCCUGGGGCGUGCCACGUAGUAGACCUUCAGUUCCUGCCCCUGAAGGAGGGCCUCGUCAACAUCGAGGCUGUGAGGGUGAUUGACCUAGGCUCGCAGGAGCACGUGGACGUCAGGGACUUGCCCAUCAUGUUUGUAGAAAAGAGGCCAGAGGAGCGAAAGACGGAGCAAACGAGAGAAAGAGAAUAG